AUGAAUCCAAAACAGCCGAGCGUUGGCAGCUACUCAGCGGUGCUCUUCAGAGGGUCAGGCAGGGGUGACUCUAAGGUGGCUAGGGGGACCGAGAAAGAGGAGAGAUCAGAGGAGGGAGCAGAGGGAGUAGAGGAGGGAGCUAAGGGAGUGACCAAAGGGAUCAAAGGGGAAGGAGCUGGGGGACCUGAAGAGGCUAAGGAACUAAAUGAGGCUGAAGUCGAGGGAACCCAAGGGACUGAGACUAAGGGGACCGAAGAGGGGACCUGGGAGACUAAGGGGACCGAAGAGGGUGAGGCUGAGGGAGCUGGGGGAACUGAAGCUGUGGGAGCUGAAGGGACCAAAGGAGUGGAUGAGCUAACAGAGGGGACAGAGGGAACUGAAGGAGCUGAUUUGAUUGAAGGGACCAAAACUGAAGGAACAGAGGGGGCCGAAGGAACCGAAGCUGAGGAAACUGGAGCUAAGGGCGCUAAAGGAACCGAAGGGGUCAAAGGGAAGGGAAACAAAGGGAUCGAAACUGAGGGGACUAAGGAAACCGAGGCUGGAACUGAGGGGGCUGGAGGAAUCGGAGCGGGGACUGAGACUAAAGGGAUCGAGGCUAAAGGAACCGAGGGGACUAAAGGGACAGAGGCUAAAGGGACUGAAGCUGAGGGAAGAGGAACUACAGGGGGAGCCGGAGGAACAAAAGGGACAAAAAUGACCGAGGAUGGAGCUGAAAGGACCAAGGAGGGAGCUAAGGGGACCGGAGGGACCGAGGGGACCAGAGCUGAGGAGAGAGCUAAGGGGACCGGAGGGACCGAGGGGACCAGAGCUACUGAGGGAGCUAAAGGGACCAAGGCUGAGGGGACCGAAACCGUGUCUGAGGGGACCGAGGCUGAGGGAGCUAAAAGGAACAAGGCUGAGGGAGCAGAGGGAGCUAAGGGGAGCGAAGCUAAAGGCGAGAGAACCGAGGGGAGCGAAGCUAAAGGCGAGAGAACCGAGGGGAGCGAAGCUAAAGGCGAGGGAGCCGAGGAGUGA